AUGACGGAGUAUAAAAAAUUGUGCGCCAUUCUGGCGCAGCUUCGGGAGGAAGUUACAUCGCUGUCCUGUGCUUUUGAAGGUGGGGAAGGACAGGACACCGUUGCGUUGCAUUCAUUGUCGACUUCAAUUCAAAAACUAGUUACAAAUGCACAGCCUCGUUUAUUGAAAAUACUUCGCAAAGCCACUGAGACGGACCCUAAUCGCCAAAUCUACAACGAGGCUAUGUGUGCAGCGAUAAAACAGCUAUUUGACGACUUUUGCGAGUUGUUGAGUUGUCUCUUUGGGGUGCCGAUGGAGGAGAUGGUUCUCUCGGAGGGCAAAAUAAAUUUUGAGGAUUCCCCAUCCAUUUCGUGGACGGAGGAUGUGCAUAACAACUAUUUGCUACACCUUGCGCAAACAGAGGCAUGGAAAAAACGUAUUGCGACGAAUAUUGCGGACUUGGUGUUGUUUGAAGAGGAAACGCGCACCGUCUAUUUUGCGGAGGAAAGGAAAGCGCGUGAAACAUUGUUGCAGAUCAAAAGAAAUGAGAAGACUAAUAUUCUGCACAUGUUGAAGGAGAGAGAGGCGGCAAAGUGGGAGGCUGAGGUGCGGCGUCGCAAUGAUGAACACAAGGGGCUAAUGAAUGCCUCUAGUUUUUACGGGGUUCAAAACAUUGCGACGGUAUUGUUACGUAUUCCAGAGCCGUUUCGGAAGCUUCUGGCGGGAAACAUGGCUCAGCUUGUACGGGCUCUCCGCACAACACCAGAGGACCCCAACAUUCGACGAAUUCGAUGUAACAAUAGGAGGGUAAUGAUGGAUUAUAGUCAUGUUGUCUUCUGUGGUGAGUGCGAAACGUGUCGGAUACUAGUCGCUGCAGCUGAAAUUUUGUGGUAUAUAAUGGGAUAUCGGGUGGAGUACUCGACCGCACCUACAUCUUCUCUUCGCACUGUCAUUGAAAAUAACCCACCGAUUCUGUUGCCAUGUGGCCGUUACGCAUCAGAACAUGCCAUCGCGGUGAUUGGAUUUGAGGAGUACUCCGAGCGUUUCUUCACCCUCCAUGAGCCCGAUCCCAUGCAAGAUUCCGAUGAGUGGAUGGUUUGGUACGCAACGCUGGAGGCGUUGUUAGCACGUCUCGAGGAUUGUUUAGUUUAG